AUGGGAAAUAGAUCAUGUUAUUCAAACAUUCGUCGAAGAAUACAAAAUACUACAUCUACUCUUAUUGAUUUAACAAAUACUUCACAACAUGCUUCUCGUAUGACACAAUAUCAUAUUUUUCAUGAUAAAUCUCCUGUACAACAUCAACAUAGAUACGAAAUUACAUCAAUAGAUAGAAAACAAAAACAUCUUGUUGAUUUAUUUUUUGUACCUUAUUAUAAUAUUGAAACACUUACAGAUAACCUUAAUAAUGAACAAGAAUGUGCCAUAUGUUUUGAACCUUUUUAUCAACAAGAUAUUGUAGCAAGACUUGAAUGUUUAUGUAUUUAUCAUAAGAAAUGUUUAGAUGAAUGGGGUCAACGUAAACGAUGUUGUCCUUUACAUAUGGAUAAAAUGAUAUCAUUAACUAAUUUAAAUAAAUUUAUUUCUUCAACACAAAUAAUACAAGAACAAAAACAAUAA